CUCCGCUGUAGAGGAGCUGCCGGGCACGGCCUGAUUAUGCCAAAAAGGUAUCGACAAUGGCUGUUCGAUCCCAAUACACCGAAACCGCGCACCACGCAGUUCAGGCAUUCCAAACAGGCGGAAUCUUCACGUCAGGGGCACGACGCCGGAGAACACGCUGAGGCUCCCGAGGAUGAUCGAGGUCCGGACCACGUAGCGCCAUCAGACGACCCUGUGCCAUCGACGUCAUCUGGAAGUAGAGGCGGAAGCACGGGUGAUGUUUAUAUUGCACCAGGUGAAGACCAGAGCACUGAGGCAGAGCGAGUCGUGAUCGCAUCAUCUGACACUAGCGAUAGCGAAAGCACUGGCAUAUCGGAAAGCGGCUCAGAGGCAACGAGGAGUCAACUGGAUGAAGACCUAUACCCAGGAUCUCGCAUUACCAAGGGAGAAAGCCUGCUCCUUAUCCUCGGGCACAGCCUGCGCCACAGUUGCACAAAAGAAGCAACAGAAAGUCUUCUGGAACUCUUAGAAGCCCACUUGCCCAACGAAGCUGCACUGCCAACUUCCAAGUACAUGUUCUUCAAACAGUUUUUGUCGAGCCACCGUACGAUGAUGUACAACUUUUACUGCCCGAACUGUCUUCAAUACCUUGGUGACAAAAAUGAUAGCGAGUUUUACUGUGACACAUGCUCCCGUGACUUCGAUAUAAAUGUGCUCACGGAGAAUUGUAGCUACUUCCUCUCGUUUGACAUAAGCGAGCAAAUCAGAGACAAACUCUCGCAGACGGAACUGAAUUUUAAACAGCUGUCAAGGUCACGUUCGUACGACGUCGGCGAAAUCACUACAAGUCAGGGCUACAGUAACCUCCCGAUCGCUGGCAAUGACCUGUCUGUAACAUGGAAUACAGAUGGUGUACCUCUGUACGAGUCAUCGGGCUACAGCAUCUGGCCUCUAGUACUGCAAAUAAAUGAGCUUCCCCACGUAGUUCGUGUCUAUGGUGAUGAUUUUGAGCUCUUCCUCGACUAUACUCCCGACACAGUUCUCAACGACAAGAGUCGUAUUCUCGUCACGCAUCAAGAAAAAGAUGAAUCACGUACGCCAGUCAGUUUCCAGCGCCCAGCAACAAGAAUGAACGAGGUUGCAUUGGAUCCACAUGCAAUGACUAGCACAGAAAUUUGUGAUGAUACCCCACAAGCAACAAGCUACGCGCUGCCGAAGUUUCCGGCAGAUAUACAACUUUCCUUGAAAGCAUGGCAGGAUAAAGUUAUACAGAGCUUGCUUCGCACCCGUAUCGUAUCUUGGAUUUAUCACGACCUGUGCAGAUAUGGCCUCUAUCCACAAAAGCUCUACAGUGAGGCAGCACGCCAACUUGUGUUGCGUGACCACAGACUGAGAGAUGCAGUUGCUGGUUAUGACGCAGAAGUUGUGACCGAAGAUGCACACUCCGUUGAAUACCACAAGGCUCAGACGAUAAAGGAGUUGCAAAAGAGCGUUCCUGAUAAUGCAAAGGUUGAGGAUGCUAUGAGCCGAACAUUCGGAUCAAGACGUAUGUGGACUGAGAGUGAAAAACCGUCAGCAGCUUCAAUUCUGAAAACAUACCCUGCGCUGUGCUUGGGAAAACACGUAUGCAUGCGCAUCACAAUUGAAUGUUUGUAG